GCUGGGAGGGGGGGAGCAUCGCCUUCCUGUGGGGGGUCCCGGGGCUGUGGGGCGGGAUCUUAUGGAGGACGUGGACCAGGAGGGCUGCGGAGGAGGGGACGCGGCGCGGGGCACAGAGGGGCGGCCGAUACCUGAGGCGAGGGUGCACUUCCGAGUGACACGGUUCAUCAUGGAGGCAGUGCCUUCUGUGGAGUGCCUGUCGCUUCCCCCGCUCUGCCCCCAGCAACCCUGGCAGUCAGCCAGGACUUCGGUAGGUGUGAAGCUGGGGAUGCACUCCAUCCCCAUCGCCACUGCCUGCACCAUUUACCAUAAGUUCUUCCACGAGACCCACCUGGGUGCCUACGACCCCUACCUGGUGGCCAUGUCUUCCCUGUACCUGGCCGGCAAAGUGGAAGAGCAGCACCUGCGCACGCGUGACAUCAUUAACGUGUGCAACAGGUACUUCCACCCGGGCAGCGAGCCCCUGGAGCUGGAUGCGCGCUUCUGGGAGCUGCGGGACAGCAUCGUGCAGUGCGAGCUGCUCGUGCUCAGGGCACUGCGCUUCCAGGUCUCCUUCCAGCACCCACACAAGCACCUGCUCCACUACCUGGUCGCCCUCAAGAACUGGCUGAAUCGGCACAGCUGGCAGCGGACGCCCAUCUCCGUCACCGCCUGGGCCCUGCUGCGGGACAGCUACCACGGGGCGCUGUGCCUGCGCUUCCGCGCGCCGCACAUCGCCGUGGCUGUGCUGCACCUGGCGCUGCAGGUCUACGGCGUCGAGGUGCCCGCCGAGGCCGAGGCCGAGAAGCCGUGGUGGCAGGUGUUCAGCGAGGACCUGACGAAGCCAGUCGUUGACGACAUUGUGUCUGAUCUCGUUCGGAUUUACACCAUGGACAUGGAGCUCCCCUGAGGCCUGGCCCUGGCCUGCCCACGAGAAGCUGGAAGCCUGGCCCCCAGGGCGGCCGGGAGCAAGGCUCUGUGCUCUGGGGGUCCGAUGACCGAGUCUGCUCCUGUCCUUUGCCACCUCCGCCUGCAGUGAGCCAGGGCGUCGUGAGGAGGAAAAGGCAUCCGGGGCAUCGGGAGGCUCACAGCAGCAAGAUGUGUGUGGCAUAGACACGUUCUAUUUUGUGUAAUGAAAGGUGGUUCAAGCAAAUC